AUGUGGUCUCGUCCAUUCACCAUACCACAGGCUUACCUGCUUCCCUUUCUAUCGACAUGUCUCUUUAUGAUACAACUCGGCCUCUCGAUAAGCGACCUUCCGUCUAUCAAGCUUAUGCAGGAUAUCGUGUGCAGACAGGUUCAUCAUGUUGAUAGCCCCGAGCUCCUCCCUGAAGAAUCCUGUCGAGAUGAGCCAGUGCAGUACAGACUCAACUUUAUCGUUACGGGAAUGCAAAUCGCAGGCACUAUUUCCGCCGCUCUGGUAGCUUUACCGUUGGGGCUUCUCGCAGAUCGAAUCGGUCGUCUUCCUGUACUCGGUGCAAGCAUAUCCAGCAUGCUUCUCUCCCAAGGCUACGCCAUGUUUGUGUGCUGGCAAUCAGACAAUAUCCCGCUCGAAGCCAUUUGGGGUAUCGGUGUUCCCUUGCUAUUUGGCGGAGGCAGGAGUGUUGCUGAAGCUAUGGUAUUUGCCAUCAUCGCGGAUGUUGUAUCCGAAGACAAGCGAUCAACGUGGCUUCAGUGGGUUGUCGCAUCUGUUCUCGGCGCCCAGCUUGUUGGGCCUGUACUAUCAGGAAAGCUAGUCCAGUCCUCCUCCAUAUGGAUACCGCUCUUCUUAUCCUUGAGCUUAAUAUCUGUCGGUGGUUUUAUUCUCAUCGUCUUGACACCGGAGACUUUGAAGCAAACACAGUCUCAGGAUGAUGGUACCGCAAGCAUUGAUCCGUACACCUACGGUCUCGAGCUGGACAACCUCAACUUUGAGCUACCCGAGAAAGCGUUAGCACUGGACACAGUCAAGUCGAUGUUUUCUAGGCCUCUUGUCUGGCUUCUACCAGGUGCUGUCAUGACGAUACCGCUGGCUACCACACAAACAGAAAUCAUCAUCCGCUUGAUGCCGAUACAGUUCGACUGGCCCCUCCAUCGAUCUAUACUUAUUGUGUCUCUGCAAAGCCUUGUCACGCUGCUCACCCUGUGUAUAUUACUACCUGUCAUCACUUACACGUGGACCAAGUUCUCUCACUCGUCAGCUCACUUCCGUUACUCAAUUCUUGCUCGUUCGAGUUCCCUUUUGUUUUUCGCCGGCUGUCUCUGCAUGAUGAUGGUCACAGAUGAAUCUUUUGUUAUUGCCGGUCUGACCAUCGCGGCUCUCGGCUCUGGUCUACCCACGCUGUGCCGCGCAAUGCUAGUUGGAAUGGUGGACAAAGGACGUGCUGGGACUCUAUUUGGAAUGCUGGCAGUUGGUGAAAUCUUGUGGUUCCUCAUUUUUGAGACAAGCAUGGGGGCACUGUUUGGACUUGGCUUAAGCUCGUGGAUUGGGAUGCCGUUUUGUCUAGCAAUAGCCGCUGCUUUCUUGAUAGCUCUGACAGCUUCGCUGGCCCCCACGAGGUUGCUGACGGUUGAUGAUACACAAAUAUGCAUGGUAUGA